UGUUUAAAUUCCUUUUUCUUUCUUUUUUCCUUUUUCUCUUCUUUCUCUCUCUCUUUGUUUUCUUUUAAAAAAGUCGCGUGUGGUUAUGACAAGUGAUAAUCUUCAUAUUCAUUUGGAUCAAGAUGUAUUUGCAUUGGAUGGAUUCAGGCCCAAUGCAUCAAGUCAAAUCAAAGGAUACAUUCAACUCUACUCAGAAUCCUUUCCUACAUGGAAUAUCCAGAUUCAGCUUGUAGGAAAGGAACAGAUCGAAAAAAACACAAGAGUGAUCAUUGAUGAUACUUUCCAUCUACCUAUGGACUGGGUAGCAGUAGCCAAUGACAAAAAUGUGUAUAGACUACCAUUUAUGCUAACCGUGCCUAAUAAUAUACCAAUCUCAUGUCAAGUGAAUCGUAAUGGUAAUGGUAUCUAUUAUAUAAUUCAAGUCUACUCCAAGCAGACGGUGAUACGACAACCCAUACAAUUCUAUAAAUCAUUUCAUCAUGACACAAUACCGCGAAGAGUUUUCUGGGGAAUUGCUAAACAAUCCAUCAAUAAGUGGCAAUAUGAGUUGGAAUUUCCAAAUGCUUUUGACUUAACAAAUGCAAAUACUGGUUAUCUGUCUAUUCGGUUAAGAUCCAAUUCAAAGAACUCGGCUGGUUGUCAUUGCUUGGUGAUAUGUCAAAUUACUCAGUCUGUGCAUACAAAAGGAUUUAAAAAUCAACAAAAUGUGCUUAUGACUACCUCUGAGUUACUCAGACAACCUAAUGCAACAUGGACUGAACCUUAUCAUAUUGAAUUUGAGUUGGGCCAUCCUAUGUUAUUACCAACGGUUCAUAAUCAAGGGUUAUCCGUUUUACAUUCAAUGCAGAUAACAUGCUUAUUCACAAAACAUGGCGAAUCCGAUUGUGUCUUGAACUUUGAUUUCCCCUUAGACAUCAGUGGCUUCAUCUGCCCAUCACCUUCAAGUACACCCACUGUACUCUCUGCUUCAUUCACAACCAAUGCAUCGAAUACAACUGUUGAUGAUAAGCCAAGUAGUGUUAGUAGUAUUAGUAGUAGUAAUAGCAUCACCACAUCAUCCGAUAUACAGCCUUGUCAAAUGCAAAAACAAGAACAGCAAACGGAAACAACCAAGCCUAAUUUCACUUUAAAAUCCAUAUUUGCUGCCAUUCCCUUUUUUAAAUUUUAAAUAAUAAAAGUAUGCAUACGCAUGUAGUUAAUACAUGUGCGUUUAUGGAAAAAAGGGAUUUACUUUGAUUGUUUUCUUUUGUCUCAG